CUGCUUUCUCUCUUAAGGCCUUUUUUUUGUUCAUCCGGAAUACUCUAAGCCAGGCCAGAACAUUGUCUCAGCAAUCACACAUUCUCUUUUGCACUCAAGUCGUUUCGAUAUAGCUCAUCGGCUCUGUUGGAUAUGCAACGAAAUUUAUUUGUCUAGGCCAAUGCUACAAUACAGUGCAAGCUUUUCGGUUUAAGCAUCACUUCAAGUGACAAUCAACGGACCGCGUUCGAAGACCAGCUUCGGGGCCUGAUACUCAGCUCGCGCCUCUCCAAAGCUGGGCUUGGCGCGCAUUUCUAUCAGCGCCCUCUAGCAUGCAAUUGCCGCCGUCCCGACCCAGUUGGGCGCUGCAUCGAGUUUUUUGGACUCUUCUUAUUGGCGUAUUCCUAACCGUUGCUUAUCGUCGGUUUCUUCUAGAUGCACCCGAUCCAUAUCGUUGUCAUGCACUAUUAAACGAGGGUGGAUGGCUCGAUCCGCCAAAUCAGCAUUUUCUUGAUCGGCCCUUUCAGCGAUGGCAGCCUCCGCGCUGCAUGCUACACGAGUACCAUGCCAGCGGCCUAGCUGGUUGCUUCAGGUCGCGAAGAGUCGUUAUUGCCGGAGAUUCCACAACCCGCCAGAUUUAUUGGGCCAUUGCAAAGAAACUGGAUCAUGAUCGGGCUAAUCGUGAAUUGUCCGAAGCGCCGAAACAGGAGGAUCUUAUGUUCAAGCACAAUGAGGUUGAACUGAACUUUGUCUGGGAUCCAUAUCUCAAUUCUUCGAGACUGCACAAUGAGCUGCUGCAAUAUCAAAAUGCGAAGGCUUCUUUGAGAGAGCCGGGAAAGGCAAAAAAGAAUCCUGCGCUGAUAAUUAUUGGUGGUGGACUAUGGUAUGCACGUUUCAUUCAGCAUAACCCGGUAGCUGAGUUUCAGACUGCCAUGGAGACGAUUGUCCCUAUGCUUGCGCUCCCUCCCCAACAAAGCAGUCAAUUUCCCCUUCUUCCGGGCGAGCACGGUUCGGAUGACCUAGUCUUCAUCAUGCCCGUCGAGACUCCCGUUUACGAGCAAUUGUCCCCUUCUCGUAUGAUCAGGGUGACUCCGGAAAAGAUUGAUGCAAUGAAUCAAUAUCUCUAUCAGCUCAGCAAGCGUCCCGGGUUAGAUGUUCUGUGGAGUUACCGUCUUAUGACCCAUGACGAACCAGAGACAUUAGGAGAGAGCGGGUUUCACGUUGUUGAAACCGUCGCCAACCGACGAGCAGAUGUCGUCCUCAACCUAAGAUGCAACGCCGGCGCUACCGCCAGAGGAAGGUAUCCGGUCGAUAGAACUUGCUGUAGCGGCUACAGACGACCCAAUUGGAUGCAAUCCAUCGCGUUGUUGGGAUUUCUUGGAUCUCUCGGACUGGUGUCACUUCUACAUGUUAUCUCAAACACAGGCUCAAAGGGCAACAAAACGGCUGCUUCAUCUCCUAUGCUUCGAUCGACCCUUGUCAUAUUAUUCACAGUACUUUACUGUUUCUUCGCUGAUCGAUCGCCUCUUUUCACGAAAUUGCAAAAAUUCUAUGCUCCGAGCGCAGCCCUCGUAUUAGGUGGCUUGAUGGUCUGCUUUGGCUUGUUCUCUAUUCGCCGGGUCCCAGCAGACGGAAUCACAUCCGCCAUGCAGAAGCGUACUCUUCAACGAACGUUUCUCCCUAGAGCGGUAGCUGAUGAGUGGAAAGGCUGGGUUGUUGCGAUUGUGCUCGUCUAUCGCCUGACCGAGGCGUGGAAGGUGAUCUGGGUCUAUGAAGCCGUCCGCCUAAUUAUGGGAUCUUACUUGUUUCUCCUCAGUUUCGAACACUCGGUCUAUUUUCUUUCCACGAGGGACUAUUCUCUGCGCAGAGUUGGGUCGGUGCUUUUUCGUCUCAACUUCUUCAAUGUCGUCUUACCUUUCAUCAUGAGGACCGACUACCUCUACUAUCCAUUUGCACCUCUCCUCAGCUUCUGGUUCGUUGCCAUCUUCAUUAUACUGCGGUCGGGCUCCUCCUUCAAUGAGCAUGUCCCAAUUUUGCUGGCAAAAAUAUUAUUCUUUGGCACGCUUUUCACCAUAUCCAUCACAUUUGCCGGCCCGCUCAACGUUGUCUCCACCGUCUUAAAGUACACCUGCCGCAUCUCUUGGAAGACGGAAAGAUUCCGCCUACGGCUAGGCCUAGACUUGUUCGUCGCCUAUGCCGGCAUGAUUACAGCAAUCAUCUAUGUUCGGCUCACAAGGACACCAAAACACUUGAUACAAGGUCGCGAGAGGAGAUUGCAUAACAUCAUCCGGCAUCACUUUGAACAAAUUCGAGCCUUUUUCAUUCUAUUGGCCGUCAACCUUCUCAUCAUUUGCGGCAUCGUCAUUUACGUUGGUCCUAACACAGAAGACUACAAUACAUGGAUGAGGUGGUUUUCAUUCAUCCCAGCAAUCUGUUUUGCUAUUCUACGCAACGCAGAUCGCCGUCUGCGCAACAUGCACUCUACUGUUUUUGCCUGGUUGGGUCGCUGCUCCGUCGAAAUUUUCACCUUACAUUAUCAUAUCUGGAUGGCUGGAGAUGGCAAAGGCGUCUUGGGAAUAGGUUUAUUCGGCCCCAAUUACGGGUGGAGUAAUAAUGGCCGAUGGGAAGAAUUUGCUGUCGUUACGGUACUCUUUUUAUGCUUGUGUGGAUCCGUUUCGCACGCCAUAUCCGCAGUUACCUCGUCAUUUAUUGGCCUUUGCGGAAAGGACGAGCGCGACGUUUCCAUUGAUCCUACGGGGGUUAGUGAAGUCCGCACAGGACUGUACGGCUACGAAGCGGACUUGAACGGCAAGCAACCAAAAGACUUGCCUCUGACACAAAAUUUCGAAGUCAAUGGCUCCUUCUCCGCCAUCUUGGCUAAUGGUAAUGGUCAUGGUAACGGUCUCUUAUCGCCACCAUUACCGCCUUCCAGAAGAAAAGGCAUCCUGAGAAAAUUUCUGCCAAGUAAACUCAAGACAAGAUUAAUAACUUGUCUGGUGGUAAUGUGGAUAUGUAACUUGUUCUACAAUUGAGAAAUAUACCCCAAUAUCCAGGUUUCUUUUCUCCUUUCAUACUGCCAUCCUGCCACAUCUAGAUUGGCAUUCUCCC